CGGGGGAGGGGGUGCCGCCGGCGUCAGAACCUCACCGCCUCUGCGGGGCGGGAGAGGGCCGCCAGGCGGGACCUCGGCGCGGCGGCGAGCGGGUCAUGACGUUAACGGCCGCUCUGUGGCCCUGGGCCUUGCCCUGCCUGGCGGCGGCGGCCGCACUGCUCUGCCCCGGGGCGGCCAGCCUGUCUUGUUGUUACCAUGCAAAGGACAACUUAAUGUGUCGUGAUGUUUGUGAACAGAUUUUAUCUUCUAAGAGUGAUUCCCGUUUGAAGCACUUACUGCAACGAGCACCUGAGUAUUGUCCAGAAUCAAUGGGAGAAGUUUGGGGUUGUAUCAAUUCUUCUUUGCCAGGAGUUUUGAAGAAGUCUGAUGGUUGGGUUGGUUUAGGUUGCUGUGAGCUAGCUAUUGCUGUGGAAUGCCGGCAAGCAUGUAAACAGGCUUCUUCAAAGAAUGAUGUUUUAAAGGUUUGCAGAAAAGAAUAUGAGAAUGCUCUCUUUAGUUGUAUUAACAGAAAUGAAAUGGGAUCAGUUUGUUGCAGUUAUGCAGGUCAUCAUACAAACUGUCGGGAAUAUUGUCAAGCAAUUUUUCGGACAGACUCUUCUCCUGGUCCUUCACAAAUUAAAGCAGUUGAAAACUACUGUGCAUCUAUUAGCCCUCAGCUAAUACACUGUGUGAACAACUAUACACAGUCAUAUCCAAUGAGAAACCCUACAGAUAGUUUGUAUUGCUGCGAUAGAGCGGAGGACUAUGCAUGUCAGACUGCUUGUAAAAGAAUUCUAAUGUCAAUGAAAACAGAGCUUGAAAUUGUUGAUGGACUUAUAGAAGGCUGCAAAACAAUGCCUCUUCCUCAGGAUCCACUUUGGCAAUGUUUUCUUGAGAGUUCAAGAUCUGUUCACCCAGGAGUCACUGUGCACCCUCCACCUUCUACAGGCCUUGAUGGAGCUAAGCUCCAUUGCUGUGCUAAAGCAAAUUCUUCCACCUGUAGAGAGCUCUGCACUAAGCUUUAUAGCACAAGCUGGGGCAAUUCACAGAGUUGGCAAGAAUUUGAUCGCUUUUGUGAGUAUAACGCAGUUGAAGUUUCCAUGUUGACCUGUUUAGCAGAUGUACGAGAACCUUGUCAGCUGGGCUGUAGAAAUCUUACUUACUGCACUAAUUUUAAUAACAGGCCAACAGAGCUUUUCAGGAGCUGCAAUGCUCAGUCAGACCAAGGAGCUAUGAAUGACAUGAAGCUGUGGGAAAAAGGGAGUAUUAAGAUGCCAUUUAUAAAUAUUCCUGUUCUUGAUAUUAAAAAAUGUCAACCAGAAAUGUGGAAGGCAAUUGCCUGUUCACUGCAGAUUAAACCUUGCCACAGCAAAUCUAGAGGAAGUAUUAUCUGCAAAUCAGAUUGUGUAGAAAUACUCAAGAAAUGUGGAGAUCAUAAUAAGUUUCCUGAAGGCCACACAGCUGAAAGUAUUUGUGAGCUCUUAUCUCCAACAGAUGACUUGGAGAACUGUAUCCCUUUGGAUACAUACCUGAGCCCAAGUUCUUUAGGUAACAUUGUAGAAGAAGUUACACAUCCAUGUAAUCCAAAUCCAUGUGCAGCUAACCAGUUAUGUGAAGUAAACAGAAAAGGAUGUCAAUCUGGAGAACUGUGUCUUCCAUAUUUGUGUGUUCCAGGUUGCAAAUUGGGGGAAGCCUCAGAUUUUAUUGUCCGUCAGGGUACACUUAUUCAGGUCCCGUCGUCAGCUGGUGAUGUUGGUUGUUACAAAAUUUGUACCUGUGGACACAGUGGGUUGCUAGAAAACUGCAUGGAAAUGCAUUGUGUUGACCUACAAAAGUCAUGUAUUGUUGGAGGACAAAGAAAAAGCCACGGAACAUCCUUUAGUAUAGAUUGUAACAUCUGUUCUUGUUUUGCUGGGAACUUGAUAUGUUCUACACGGCAGUGUCUGAAUGAGCAUAGUUCAGAAGAUGAACGUCGGAAGUUUACAGGUUUACCAUGUAACUGUGUAGAUCAGUUUGUACCAGUCUGUGGUCAGAAUGGGCGCACUUAUCCAAGUGCCUGUAUAGCUCGGUGUGUUGGGCUUCAGGACAAUCAAUUUGAAUUUGGAUCAUGUAUCUCUAAGGACCCUUGUAACCCCAACCCUUGUAAUAAAAAUCAGAGGUGCAUACCAAAGAAACAAGUUUGUUUGACUAGUUUUGGAAAGUUCAAAUGUAGCCAGCAUGAAUGUGUGCCAAGGCAAUUAAAUUGCGACCAGACACGGGAUCCUGUUUGUGACACAGACAAUGUGGAAUACACUAACUUGUGUACUUUGUAUCAAAAAGGAAAAAAUUUAUCAUACCGAGGACCAUGCCAGCCAUUUUGCAAGUCAGUAGAACCUGUAUGUGGACAUAACGGGGAAACCUACAGCAGCGUGUGUGCCGCCUAUUCAGACCGUGUGGCUGUUGACUACUAUGGACACUGUCAGGCUGUAGGCGUUCUCUCAGACUAUGGCUUUCAUACAGACUGUGCUUUUGUUAAAUGUCCCCUGGUUUCUGUGACUGGCUGCAAACCAGUUAUUGCACCAGGUGCCUGCUGCCCUCUAUGUGCUGGAAUGCUGAGAAUCUUGUAUGACAAAGACAAGCUGGAUACUUUUGCAAGGGUAACAAAUAAAAAGCCAAUAACUGUACUUGACAUACUUGAAAAAAUCCGCCUGCAUGUUUCAGUGCCGCAGUGUGAUGUGUUUGGAUACUUAAGUAUAGAAUCUGAAAUUGUGAUUCUCAUCAUUCCUGUGGAUCAAAACCCCAAACCAUUGCAGAUUGAAGCCUGCAAUAAAGAAGCAGAAAAGAUAGAAUCACUGAUAAAUUCGGACAGUCCAACAUUAGCAUCUCACGUGCCACUGUCAGCUCUAAUUGCAUCUCAAGUACAAGUUUCACUUAGCGUUUCUUCUCCUUCUGUUAAAGUGGUGCCUGUCAUGCACUCUCUGCUCCUAAGCCUUCUAUUCACCUUGUCGACAUUAAUAUUUAAUACGUAACUACUUAGAAAAUGUGCGUAAGUAUUGCAUUUUUUAAAUUGUGAAGGACAAUUUAAAAAGGAUGUCAGUAGAAGUAUUGAUAUCCUCAACAAAUCAGAUAACAAAAAUAUGUCAGAUUCCAGAAAAUCUGAUGUAGCAAUAUCUUUCAGUGAAGAACUAAGAGUAUUUGGAAUAAUGUGAAAGAUGAUUCUUCUAUUAAUAACCAGUCAGAUGCUUGUUUAAGCACAAUUAAAUUGUUUUCCAUUGAUCCUGUAACUGUAAAAAGAGUCAGAAGAGUCUGACAUUACAGAUUUAUGAUUUUUGCGAGGAGGUAUAUGACUGUUUUUUCCAGCAAUGAACAAAUAGUGUAUUGAGUUUACUGAAAAACAUUUUUGCAUUAUUCAGAUGAAUAUCAAUGAAAAUGAAAAGCAUGCACCUAUUUUAAACAUCAUUUGUGGAAGAAAAAAAUUGCUGCUACUUAAUUAUUUUACCAAAAAUUUAGGAGUUUAGUCUCAUGUAAAUAUACUUUCAUAUUUUAUUAUGAAGAAAAGUUAAUAGCCCUGGACCUAUUUCAAUAAACUACCUUGGGUAAAUAUCUUUACUUGUACUAGUGAAGAUUUGCAGGACAUUGGGCUCAAUGCUUAUAAAAUGACAAUCAAGCUUUAUACUAGUACAUUACUUCAGUGAAGAAAUUCAUUCGUUUUUAUAGUAUUGUACAUUUCAGAAUCUCUUAUUGGAUGCAAAAUUAUAGAGAAUUUCAGUAUCUUUAUUUAAGUGUCAUUUUAAAUAUUGCAGUAUUUGCAUGUUAUCUAAUGAAAUUUAUUCUUUAAAUACGUUUAAAUAUCUAUAUCAACAGUAUGUUUUAUUACUUAUUAUAUUUUAUGCACCUGACCUUAGUCUACAUGAAGUAUUUUAUAUCAGUAUUAUCAUAGCCAACAUUUGAAGUAUAUACAGGAAAAACUUAUUUUUGCCAAAAUGCUGAACUAUGAAAGAAAGCACUGAAAAUUUUUUGAACAUAUAUGUUACUGUAGCAUGUCUGUAGCAAUUAUUUUCUGCCAAUUCUUUUCAAUGCAAAGAUAU